UGGGUGCGUGUGGCUUCGAGACUAACACAUUUUUAAUUUAUUUUCAUCCGACUCCCUAGCACAGUGGUGUGGAUUUAGCCACAGCCUCAAGCACCGGGUUAAGAGCCUUCCUGAACCUUUGAGUGCUGGUCAGGCGCAGGCACAAUCGCAGUCACAGGAUAAGGCUAGGCUCAGUAGCAGGCCAAAACUGAAUCCUUGAGAGCUGUCCUCACAGAAAGUAAACAAUGCACACUUUUGCGUCCUUUGACUUUGUCUCAAUGUCUUCACAUGCCAUUGAUUGCAGAGAAUUAAGUUCAGUCCUUCAAUUCCAGCAAUUUGUUAAUAAAUUCACAAAUGAAAAAAAGCCGAAGUUAGGCAUGCGGUGGAUUUUAAGUUUCUUAUAUUACUAUCCCUAUUUUUCCCAGAAUAUUUCAAGUAAGAAAUCUAAACGAGUCGAUCCAGCUAAAAUUUCAAAAAUGGAUACGAUUAUUGAAAAACUCAUGCGCUUUAUAUCCGUGACGUUUGGUUUUCUGCUUAAUAAGCUGUUAUUUUACGUAUUGAUCUCUGGUCUGUUUAUCAUAAUUUUUAUUCGACUUUUUAUGAUGGAGCGCCUGCAACGAUUGAAGGCAAUAAUCUUAAGAAGCUUACACGAAUAUGACCACGAAUCUGAGGCAGAAGAUGAAGGAUACAUAGAUGAUGAGUUUCUAUUCAGGGACCUCAAUCCGGAGCAGAGUGUCGAGUUGCAUCGCCGGCAGCGAUUGGAGGCGGCAGCUAAAGUAUUGCGAAAUGUGGCGGACAAGGAGGGAUCUCACAAGUGCCCCGAACAGAGACGAAAGAAAACUGAACCAACAAAAUCAAGAUAAAUUAUGGAUAGUUACAGAAAUAUACCAAUGAUAAUUUCCAUUCACCAGGAAUUGUUAAAAAUAACACAAUUAGGGAAUGCAGCUUGAUGUUACUGAC